AUGGGAAAGAGUAAACAAGAGAACUUGCUUUGUAAUUCAUCUUCAUGGCGUGAGACUCAUAAUCCUCCUCGGAGAAACUCAACCUCCUCCACCGUAUCCUCCGGUUGUCUCCCCGGAUUCUUCAACCUCUUCCUCUCCACCUUCAACUUCUCCUCCAACCGCCGCAAAUCCAUCACUCAGGGAUCUAAAAAACAAGAACAAAGAACGGUCAUCUACGCUUCUCCUUUAGAUGGUACAUCAAACGGAGACGGCGGAGGAACCGUAGAGCCGCCGCUUCCACGCAACGAAGGAGUGGAGGGAGAUGUGGCGAGGCUGAGUCUUGUUGGAGCGUUAGAGAAAUGUGAUAGGGACUUAGAGGAGCUACAGAGAACCAUCAACGUCAUCAAAACCAAUUACUUUCGUCACAAGAAACUUGAGGUUUCACCGCCGAUGGCGCGUGAUAGUUUCAAGUUCUGUAGCACCGGUGAGUUUCUCGGUUCACAUUUCACCUCAAAGUUGUUGGCAACUACCAUCAAGGAUAAUGCUCAAAUUGGUAUUAAGUCAAAAGACUGGAGAAUAAGUAGCAGCGAGUGCAAAAGAGAGUGGAGAAAGAGGCAUGUUAGAGCAUCAUCAACCCAAGCUCCUAAAUUGGAGUGCUUAUUCUUUGUUUAA